CGCUUAUCUCGAUCCCUCUUCAUUAUCCCUUCACUUGGAAAAUUCAUGUGCACAAAAUUAUAAGAAUAUAACCAGGCGAAGCCAUGGAAUGUCCAGCCGAGAAAAGCAAGGUACAAGUGCUUUACGAUGCCUGCGAUGCUGUGUUUUCCCAGAAGGAACUUCCAACUUUCCGACAAAUUCAAUGGUUAAAAGCUCUCCUAGACACAAUAGAAGCUAUUGACGUUGGAAUCGAUGAAUUUGGCUUUCAUGGCUCCCCUCCUUCAUGGCCAAACGGCAUUAAGGGACUAAUUUGCGGGCAAGGAGUCCCUGAAAUCACAUAUAUUCAUUUACAUGAAUGUGAUAAUUUCUCAAUAGGUGUGUUUUGCUUCCCGGCGGGAGGAAGCUUUCCGCUGCAUGAUCACCCAGGAAUGACAGUUUUAAGCAAGCUGCUCUAUGGUUCCAUGUACAUCAAAGCUUACGAUUGGGUGAAAGUGAACAAUUCCAGCUACCGGAAAAUUGGAUUAGGGAGCAGAGUGGUAGACGGGAUUUUCAACUCUCCAUGUGAGCCUUCCAUCUUAUUUCCAAAAAGUGGUGGGAACAUUCACUCUUUCACUGCAGUAACACCCUGUGCCAUCUUGGACGUGCUUUCUCCACCCUACUCCGAAGAGCUCGGCAGGCCGUCCACCUACUUCUCUGACUUACGCAUUCCUUCCCUUCCUGGUUAUGCCAUACUUGAGGAAAAAGAUCUGCCAGAAGACCUAAUUGUUUAUGGAGCGCCAUACCUUGGCCCCCCAAUCGUCACCCGGGACGAGCUGUUAGGAUCUGCAGCAUGCGUGCCUACUAAGUAUUCAAGCAAAGUUUGAUUUGCAAAUCCGGUAGACAUAAAACUGGAAACAAGAAACAUGUAAAUAUUUCGUUUUAUUUUAUUUCUAUGUUCCCAACGUAUGUACUGGGAUAAAAGUGGUAAUGAGCUUUUCAAUGUGAAGUAGCCAUAUGAAAUGUUGCCAAA